GUCAGUGUGUGUGGUGGGGAGGAAUUAGUACUUGGGCAUGGGUUUUCAAAACUACAGUAUACAGUCCAAAAGUCCCUAAGGUUUUCAGAGACCGUCUAGGAGCAGGGCUCUGAUAUAAAGGCUAUCUAGAAGGCAAAGCCAUAGAAGAAUGACAGUGCUCUGCUGGGGAAUGUGUCACUGGAACCAGGGAGGAGUGAGUUUAUCAGUUAGCUAUAGGAUAGCAGUACCAGAAGGGGACAGAGCAGGAGACAGUGUGGGCAGGAAUGAGACAGGAAGCUAGUUUAUUGGGGUGUAGUCAGCAUUGGGAAGUUGAGUUGGGACCAUAUGUGGUGAUUUCAUCUGGUAGGUGUUUGACCAGCUGAGCCCAAUCCUUGCUUUGAACUGAGCCUCUGCAGGUGUCAGCCACCCUUAACGAGCAGGAUGGAUCUCGAUGUAGUUAACAUGUUUGUGAUUGCCGGUGGAACCCUGGCCAUUCCAAUCCUGGCAUUCGUUGCUUCUUUUCUCCUGUGGCCUUCAGCACUGAUAAGGAUCUAUUAUUGGUACUGGCGGAGGACGCUGGGUAUGCAAGUCCGCUAUGCACACCACGAGGACUAUCAGUUCUGUUACUCCUUCCGGGGCAGGCCAGGACACAAACCAUCCAUCCUCAUGCUCCAUGGUUUCUCAGCACACAAGGACAUGUGGCUCAGCGUGGUCAAGUUCCUUCCAAAGAACCUGCAUUUGGUCUGCGUGGACAUGCCUGGUCAUGAAGGUACCACCCGCUCCUCCCUGGAUGACCUGUCCAUAGAUGGGCAAGUUAAGAGGGUACACCAGUUUGUAGAAUGCCUUAAGCUGAACAAAAAGCCCUUUCACCUUAUAGGCACCUCCAUGGGUGGCCACGUGGCUGGAGUAUACGCCGCUUACUACCCAUCUGAUAUCUGCAGCCUGUGUCUGGUGUGCCCUGCUGGCCUGCAGUAUUCAACUGACAAUCAGUUUGUGCAACGGCUCAAAGAGCUGCAGGAUUCCGCUGCCAUUCAGAAAAUCCCCUUGAUCCCAUCGACCCCGGAAGAGAUGAGUGAGAUGCUCCAGCUCUGCUCCUAUGUCCGAUUCAAGGUGCCCCAGCAGAUCCUUCAAGGCCUCGUUGAUGUUCGCAUCCCUCAUAACAGUUUCUACCGGAGAUUGUUUUUGGAAAUUGUCAGUGAGAAAUCCAGAUACUCUCUCCAUCAGAACAUGGACAAGAUCAAGGUCCCAACACAGAUCAUUUGGGGGAAACAAGACCAGGUGCUUGAUGUGUCUGGGGCAGAUAUUUUGGCCAAGUCUAUUGCUAACUGCCAGGUAGAGCUUCUGGAAAAUUGUGGCCACUCAGUGGUGAUGGAGAGACCAAGAAAGACAGCCAAGCUCAUUGUCGACUUUUUAGCUUCUGUGCAUAACACAGACAACAACAAGAAGCUGAACUGAGGCCCUUGCUACAGCCUGCAUUGUUCACACAGCAUCUGCUUCCAUCCCCAAAACUUGACAAAGUCACUACUCUCAGGAAUCCUGCCCUAAAUGCCAUUGGAGUACCAGUGUCCCUGAGGAAGCCAGUCUCCUAUACUAGUAUUCUUGGUUCCACAGAGCAUCAGGGGCCACAAGGAAAUCUCCAAGAUCUUUUUUCAAAAUAGGAACCUAAAUGCAACUGAAUUAAAAAAAAAAAUACCUAGCCAUGAAGCCUACUAGAAGUCUUCAGGUUCAUGUCACUGAUAAGCCAAUGCUAAACAGCCACCUUGGACCGUGAUCAUCAAAGAUAUUUUCUUUAAGACAUUCCUCACACGUUAAACUUGAGCUAUUUUUUGUUGCUUCAGAUGUAUCCUUUGCAUGGUCAAUGGCUUCUUCUGUAGAAGCUUUAGUCAUUUGUUGAACUCUUAUUUAGAUCUAAUUCAAGUUUUACAUAGAGGCCCAGGUGUGAAUGCAGCCCAUUAGCCACAAGACCAGAGAAGAAACAGUAAACUGUGGAAGGGGUUUCUGCCCCAAGGCCUGAUGCACAGACAGACCUGGAAUCUCAGCCACUUGGCUAGCUGAACCCCGGGGAUCCAAGAUCAAGGCUUGCCUGAGGUACAGAGUGAGUUCAAGGACAGCCUAAGCUACUGACUGAGACAAAAAAAAAAAGAAAAGAAAAAAAAAUUUUUUUUUUUUUAACAUGUAGAAACAUACAUGGAGGAGCACUGUUUGGCCUCAGCCGGCCCUCAGAACUGCUGAAAUAGCAGAACACAGGCUGAUGGGUUUGGGUACCUACAAAUCAGUUGUGUCAGAGUGAGCAGAAUGAAGAGUGUCUGACAGGGUGGGUUUCCUAGGAAUAAUUUAUAAUUUUUAAGAUAAGACUAAUAAAGCAAUAAUGCUCUAGACUUCUAUCUAAUCAUACUGGAGUUCCAUACCAAGCAGCUCAUGGGCAUCUUUUCUAUUUUGCUGUUCUACUGAUAACCAUUGGAUAUAAAAUACUAGUUUGUUAAUGAAUUCUGUGAAUUCUAUGAACAAUAAUGUGAUUGAAAAAUGAGUCCAAACAGCUGUAAAAGUGACCACAGUCAUGUGAAAUAAAUUUAGUAAGUCUA